UCUGCUUUAUGUUUACGCAAUUCAUUCAUUGAUUCAUUCCACAAUGGUUUCUCUGCCUCUUCAAACCUCUCUUCGUCGUCUCCGGGGAAGAGAAACAUCCUAUUCUCCUCGCUCCGGGACCGUCUCCGUCGUUUCGCAUCCAACGCCUCUCUUUACCGUCAGCAUCCACGGGAUCAGCAGCAACAGCUAUCGCGUGUGAAAGUUAAAUCGGAUACGCUGGCGCAGAAGAUCGGUAAAUCUAUCCGGCGUGCUGAUGUGCCGUCGAAAUCUAGGGUUUACGCUUGUGUCAACAUUGUUAGACCUAAGGGUUAUUGGGAUUACGAGUCUCUUGUUGUUCAAUGGGGUGUACAGGAUGAUUAUGAGGUGAUGAUUUGGUCUUGUCUUCAUUUCCGGAAUGUAACAAACUGGACUGAUUCUCCAUUUUUUUACAAAGCUUUUGAUUGUUCAUGCUCUUCUCAGAUGGUUCUUCCUAUUGCCGUUGAGGACGUCAAGCGAGAGGUUCAGAUACUCAAAGCUCUUUAG